UUAGGGAAGCACGCCCUCAGCGAACCACGGUAGGCAUCUCACGGGGAAAAUCGAAUGUAUGGGACGGCCGCCACCAAGGCCAGUUCUGAAGAGGCCUCAGAGGGGCGGGCCGGGCUCCGCGAACGCCGACCCUGAAGAGCGCGGGCCCAGGGAUCCGGAGGGUUCUUCGCAGUCCGCGACGUCGCGGGCCCACUGUCCCCGCCCCGGCUGGCUGGGCGCACGCGCGGCCCUACCCGCCCCCCGACGCCUGCGUCCCCGCUGAUCCCGCCUCCGGCCGGAAGUUCCGGCGGGGGAGCUGGGCCGGGCCCGAGCGGAUCGCGGGCUCGGGCUGCGGGGCUCGGGCUCGGGCUGCGGGUGCAGGGCCGCCAGGCGCGGAGCUUGGGAGCGCAGCCCAGGCCGUGCCGCGCGGCGCCAUGAAGGGCAAGGAGGAGAAGGAGGGCGGCGCGCGGCUGGGCGCUGGCGGCGGUAGCCCCGAGAAGAGCCCGAGCGCGCAGGAGCUCAAGGAACAGGGCAACCGUCUGUUUGUGGGCCGAAAGUACCCGGAGGCGGCGGCCUGCUACGGCCGCGCGAUCACCCGGAACCCGCUGGUGGCCGUGUAUUACACCAACCGGGCCCUGUGCUACCUGAAGAUGCAGCAGCACGAGCAGGCCCUGGCCGACUGCCGGCGCGCCCUGGAGCUGGACGGGCAGUCUGUGAAGGCUCACUUCUUCUUGGGGCAGUGCCAGCUGGAGAUGGAGAACUAUGAUGAGGCCAUCGCCAAUCUGCAGCGAGCUUACAGCCUGGCCAAGGAGCAGCGACUGAACUUUGGGGACGACAUCCCCAGCGCUCUUCGAAUCGCGAAGAAGAAGCGCUGGAACAGCAUCGAGGAGCGGCGCAUCCACCAGGAGAGUGAGCUGCACUCCUACCUUUCGAGGCUCAUUGCGGCGGAGCGUGAGAGGGAGCUGGAAGAGUACCAGCGGAACCACGAGGGUGAUGAGGACGACAGCCACGUCCGGGCCCAGCAGGCCUGCAUUGAGGCCAAGCACGUGAGGGUGCCCCCAUCCACAUGUGGGUCUGUGUGUGUGCACGUGGCACGGGAGCGUCCCCACCUUGCUGUGGGUCCGUGUGUCCCUGCCCCGUGUUGGGUCUGUGUGCCACAGAGGAGGGAGGUGGGGUGUCCCUCCCAAGCACUGCUCCACUUUCCACAGGACAAAUAUAUGGCGGACAUGGAUGAGCUCUUCUCUCAGGUGGAUGAGAAGAGGAAGAAGCGUGACAUCCCCGACUACCUGUGUGGUAAGAUCAGCUUUGAGCUGAUGCGGGAGCCGUGCAUCACGCCCAGUGGCAUCACCUAUGACCGCAAGGACAUCGAGGAGCACCUGCAGCGUGUGGGUCAUUUUGACCCUGUGACCCGGAGCCCCCUGACGCAGGAACAGCUGAUUCCCAACCUGGCUAUGAAGGAGGUCAUUGACGCAUUCAUCUCUGAGAACGGCUGGGUAGAGGACUACUGAGGCUCCCCGCCCUGCCCAGUGUCCUGGCCCAGGAGGGCAGAGGCCCCAGCCCCUGUACAUAGUUUGUGUCCCUGGCCACCCUGUUCCCCUCCCCCCAAGUUCUGCUGUUGGGCUCUGGACUGUUCCCUUCUCAGCACAGCUCUUGCUGGGCCGUGAUCCUCCCCGUCCCCCCUUCUGGGCUGGAAAAGCAGGUGAGGGUGGGCUGGGCUGAGGUCCCUGUGGCCACUGUCUGUGUAAUAAAAUCCGUGAGCACAA